AUGGCACCAGCUUCAAGUGUCGUUUCACGGAUUCUCCUAGCGCUGUCGCUGUUCUCGGGAUCUGGAUGGGGGCAAGACCAUGACUUGGACAACCUCUUCAAUCCCAUUCUUCCCGGGGCGCAUCCGGACCCCAGUUGUAUCCAUGUCCCGAAGGAAAAGACGUACUUUUGUGCGUCGAGCAGUUUCAAUAUUUUCCCGGGGAUUCCGAUUCAUGCGAGCAAGGAUUUGAAGAGUUGGAAGUUGGUGGGCCAUGUCCUCAACCGUCCCAGCCAACUCCCCGAACUCGCCGAAUCCGUCGGCUCCACAAGCGGUAUCUGGGCUCCUACGCUUCGAUACCACGGGGGCACGUACUAUCUGGUGACCACCAUGGUGCAUGACAAACGACCAGAGCUGGAUCCGUCGAGAUGGGAUAACAUCAUAUUUGAGACAGACAACAUAUGGGAUGAGUCUACUUGGUCGGACCCAGUGCAUUUCCCGUUCCAAGGAUAUGAUCCUAGCCCGUGGUGGGACGACAAUGAGGAAUCCCAUAUUGUGGCUGCGCAUGCAUGGCGCGUUGAUCCUGGCAUCCAUAUGGCCAAGGUCGACCUGAAGACUGGAAAAGUGAAGAGCGAUUGGAAGAAGAUAUGGAAUGGCACGGGUGGCUUGGCGCCUGAAGGACCCCGUAUCUACAAGAAGGAUGGAUACUACUAUUUGAUGAUUGCGGAGGGCAAGUGCGGCACCGGCAAGGAACAUAAGGAGACUAUGGCUCGAUCGAGAAAUCUCUACGGCCCAUAUGACCCGAAUCCGGCGAACCCCGUCUUGACGAAUGCGAAUACCGGGCUUUACUUGCAGGCGGUCGGGCACGCCGACUUAUUUCAAGAUGUAGAUGGUUACUGGUGGGCUGCUGCCCUCGCGGUCCGUUCUGGCCCGGAAUAUAUCAACUGGCCAAUGGGGCGUGAAACCGUUCUGACAAACGUAACGUGGGACCGUGGAGCCUGGCCUGUAUUCAACAGUCCAAUUCACGGUGAAAUUCCCGGGUUGGAGUUGCCCGAAGUAGAAGGAACUAUUCCUGGAGACGGCCAAGCUGCUGGCGGUGAAGACGUUCUACUUGACUUCCCGCCCGGCUCGAAGCUACCACCGCACUUCGUAUACUGGCGGCCCCCUGUAAAGAGCAACUAUGUCAUUUCGCCGAAGGGUCACGAAAACUGGCUACAGCUCAAGCCAUCCAAGCUGAACUUAACCGGCAUUGAUGGCAACUCAAACGGACCAGGGGGAAUUACUUUCGUUGGCAGGAGACAAGCCCACUCUUGGGCCCACUUCCAAUUCGAUUUGGAUUUCCGGCCGAAGAACGAAGGGGAAGAAGCAGGCAUCGCGCUCUUCCUAAGCCAGAACCACCACGCCCGCCUAGGCGUCACCCUCCUCCCCCAAGCAAACAGCACAACUCUCGUCCCCCAUUUCACCUUCCGCGCCGAAUCCCACGUUCCCGUCCCUCCCCCCUUCACCCAACCCAUCCCCACCGACUGGCUCAACGACACCAUCACCCUCGAACUCCGCGCCGUCGACCAAACCGUCUACCGCUUCUCCGCCGGACCCUCAGGCCGCCGUCCCUGGGUCAUCCCACUAGUCGACGUCCCAGCGGAAACCAUCAGUUGGGGAUUCACAGGGGCGUUGAUGGGGGCGUACGCGACGACGAAUGGAGGAAAUGGGAGCACGCCGGCGUAUCUCAAGAGGUGGGAUUACAUGGCUGUGACGCAGCUGAGGGAUUGCUGGAAUGAGACACUGUACAACUGUCGCAAUGGAGGGUGUUCUUGUUUUCCACUGCCGGGCGAGGGGGAGCCGGCGCAGCCUGUUAGACUGGUGUGA